GUGUGAUCCAACUAAAACCCUGAACUAGGAAGUUUUAUGAAGAGGGAGGAUGGAGAACGUCUCCUCGAACAAACACUUCAUCCUCAAUGGCUUCAAUGAACUCGGAGCGCUGAGGCCCUUCCUCUUCAUCCCUUUCUUCAUCAUGUUUGUUGUAUCACUGCUGGGCAACUCCCUGCUGCUGUAUGUCGUCAUUUCCCAGAGAAGCCUCCACUCACCGAUGUACAUCCUCAUUGCUGGAAUGGCAUUUGUUGACCUGAGCCUUCCAGUGUUCUUCGUCCCCAACAUGCUGCUGAGCUUCUUGUUUGACUGGAGGGGAAUCUCUCUGAGUGGCUGCCUGGUUCAGAUGCACUUCAUUCACUUUGUAGGAACUUUUCAGUCCACAUUCCUGGUUUGGAUGGCACUAGACCGCUACUUUGCCAUCUGUACACCACUUUACUACCACAAAUACAUGGCUUUACCGAGAUUUCUGAAGUUUAUAAUCCCGCUUUUGCUCAGAAAUGUCCUUAUGAUCAUGCUGAUUGUGAGUCUGGCAGGAACAUUGUCAUUUUGCAAUUCAAAUGUGAUGAACCACUGUUUCUGUGAGCACAUGGCCUUGGUGGAGCUGGCCUGUGGAAGUACUGCCAUCAACAACCUGUCUGGGUUACUGACUGUGUUCUUCAUCCCUGUGGUCGACUUCAUCUGUAUUGCUGCCUCUUAUGUGGUGAUAUUCAGCUCUGUGCUCAAAUCCAGCAGGUCAGGUGCCAAAGCGCUCCACACCUGCAUCACCCAUAUCGUGGUCAUCAGUGUCAGUCUGACCAUUGCACUUGUCGCUUUCCUGUCAUAUCGGAUCAGAAAUGGUCUUCCUGCAAGCAUUCAGGUUUUCUUCAGCACCAUGUACCUGCUGUUCCCGAGCUGUUUCAACCCGAUUAUCUACGGCAUCAGAACCACUGAGAUUCGACAGCAUAUUGUGAGGACACUGACCGGUUGUCGCUUUGUCCAGACAGUGCCCCAUUCUUAAGAAACUAUUCAAAUCUGUAACGUAAAAUGUCUCUAUUAUAUGGAGACACAUUUCAAUGAGAUAAAACAAAACAAAUCAAAAGUUACUAUUGAUAAAAAUGAAACUGAUCAUGGCAAGUAAGACUUAUGAGAUAGGUGCUCAGUGCUCUCCUUUUCAGUAGUUGCCCAGGGUGAAGGCUCAACUAUCUGGCUAGGUUGAGGUCAACACUUUGUGAGUGUCUUGAUGCGGGCUACCAUACCCUGGCUCCCCCUACCUGAACGAUAGCUACCCUUACAUUGCCUGGUAUUCAUCACAAGCUAUCUGCAUCCUAAUUGUUAGCCCAGGGCCUACAUUUAUGUGAUAAAAUGUGUUAAAAGGGAAAAUAA